AUGGAGAAGUCCUCGACAGAGCCCGGUGCUAAAAGGCACCAAUGCGACCGGUGUACCUACAGCACGGAUCACGCUGAACACAUGAAGCAUCAUCAGAGAACACACACGGGCGAAAAGCCAUUCCGGUGCACCGUGUGUGAGAAGGCAUUUGCUUGUUUAACAAAUCUAAAAAUUCACCAGAGAACACACACGGGCGAAAAGCCAUUCAGGUGCACCGUGUGUGAGAAGGCAUUUGCUUGUUUAACAAAUCUAAAAAUUCACCAGAGAACACACACGGGCGAAAAGCCAUUCAAGUGCACCGUGUGUGAGAAGGCAUUUGUGCAUUCAUCAUAUAUUCGAAUUCACCAGAGAAUGCACACGGGUGAGAAGCCCUACAAGUGCACUCUGUGCAUGAAGGCAUUUACUCGUUUAGAAAUUCUUCAACAUCAUCAGAGUACACAUACAGGCGAGAAGCUGUACAAGUGCACCGUGUGUGAGAAGGCAUUUCCCUAUUCAAACUCUCUUCGGAUUCACCAGAGAACACACACGGGCGAGAAGCCCUACAAGUGCAGUGUGUGUGGGAAAGCAUUUUCCUAUUCAAACUAUCUUCGGAUUCACCAGAGAACACACACAGGCGACAAGCCCUACAAGUGCACCGUGUGUGGGAAAGGGUUUAUCGCGUCAGGACAACGAACGAUGCAUGAAAAGAUCCACGAGAGGGUGAAAUCUACUUGUGAAGGCCAAAGUGCCGCUGCCAUGAGUCCAUCUCUCAUAAAACAAGAACCGGAAGAAAAUGACAACUUUGCUACGUGGCCAGGAGUGAUGGUGGAGUGUGAAGAAGAGAUAACGGUGAAGCGUGAAGGUCAGGGUUCGACUCGAGGUGGUGACCUCCUGGUGGAUGGAGUCAGCGUCAAGCGGGAAGAGGAGAACUGA